UUCCACCCAACGUAUCUCUUUUGCGUUGUUCACUUUCUACUUGGCCAUGACUAUCCAGCCAACUCGAUCUAUAGAUAGCCUACCUACAUGUGUGAAUGGAAACACAGGUAGGUGUGUGCGCAUGUACUAAUUUACAAACUAGAAAGGAGUUGUUGGUCCCUGCCUUACUUAGACAGUCCCCCUUCACACGCAACUUCCAACCGACCAAUGAUCUCAUUGAAUCACAAACGCUGGCUCUGUGCGACCGCGUCCCGUUUGUCUCGUUGUAUAGAAAAUCCCACCCCUCAUCCUCUACUCACCCCUCAACCAGCCCUCUCUUGACCUGCGACUCAACCUCAACCAUAACCUAUCGAUAUCUCUUUGCCGUAAAACACCAGCCAACACCCUACAAGCUUUACUUCGUGAGCCAUCCACUAUGAAGCUCCUCUUCCUCCUCGCAGGCGCCCUCGUCGGCCGUCAGACCUCUGCCAUGGCCAUCGCCGCAGAAGGCCCCACGAGCACCUUCUCGCUCGCUCCUCCUGCGAACCCAUCCGAUAUCCCCAAGUUCUCCGAGAUCCCGCUUUCGCUGGUCCCUGGCUUGACUAUUAGCCACGGUCUGGCUGCCACUUCGCUCGCUGCUCCUACAGCGCCCUCCAGGGCUUCCAACGGCAUGGCAUUCAAGGAUCCUGGCGUGGCUCUUGGUCGUUAUGGACCGGCCGUUGUUUCUCUUGUCCACCCGGCGGCGCCCUCUGACACUCUCGGUGACAAUGAAGCGCGUGUCAAGGUUCUCCCGCCUCAUACUAUCAUCUCGGGACGCCCGCGCUAUCCUUCAAAUUUGCCUCCCUCCAUUGAGAUUUACGAUCGAGAGGUGAAUGAUGAUGAUGAUGCGAUUGUGUGUUUGAUUCCUGGAGGAUGCGAUUCAAACGCCGUGGAGGCCCCCGAGCCUACAAUCUUCACCACGAACGCGGCCACAUCUGCGGAUUUCCAGCCUACCACUCUGGCUACGUCUACACUCAAGUCAGACUAG